AUGGAUCCGGCCUCUUCCAUAUCUUAGAAAGUCCUUCCCCUUUACCAUUUCGUCUGCUCUUCCAACUCAAAUUCCCCCUUUCUUCCCAUCAAUACCAAAAGCAAAAAACAUGGUUGAUGCACUGGUCUCGACUACAAUAGAGAAAUUGGGCAAUGUUCUUGAAGAUGAGGUGCCUUUGUUGGUGGGUGUCACCAACGAGAUCGAAAAGCUUUCCCGUAUGUUCACCUCGAUCCAAGCUGUGGUUGAAGACGCUGAAAGUCGGCGAGUGAAGGAGGAAGCGGUGAAAGUCUGGUUGCAGAAGGUCAAAGACGUGGCCUAUGAUGUCGAUGACAUACUAGAUGAGUGGACGACGGAAGCUCUCAUAUCACAAGAACCCGAUGAAGGUGAUGGGUAUUGUUUCGGCAAGGAGAAAGUAAGAAGCUUCCUCUCCCCUUUUACUUGCUUCAAUCAUGUUGUAUUACGCCACAAAAUUGGGAGUAGGAUAAAGGAGGCACAGAAAAGAUUAGCUUCUAUUGCUGAAGAGAUGAGUCAAUUGGGUAUUAGAGUAGCUGGUGGAGAGAGGGAGAGACUGGAUACUGAAGUUUUGUGGGACGAGAUCAGUGAGCAUGGGACAAGCUCUCUAGUAGACGAAUCAUCAAUUGUAGGCAGAGAUAAUGACAAAAAUGAAGUCUUAGAGUUGCUGCUGAGGGAGAGUAGUGAAGAGGUAAAUAAGGGGCCCGUGGUCAUUUGUAUCGUUGGAAUGGGGGGCGUGGGGAAGACCACCCUUGCUCAGAUGGCCUACAAUGAUGAGAGAGUAAGCAGCCAUUUCGACGUGAAAAUGUGGGUGUGUGUUUCAGACAAUUUUUCUGUGAAACGGGUAACAAAAUCAAUCAUAGAAGCUGCAACCAGGUCUCAUUGUGAGCCACUAGGCCUAGACCAGUUGCAAUAUCGCCUCCAUGAAAUGUUGUAUGCAAAGCGAUUCUUGCUUGUGCUUGAUGACGUUUGGAGUGAAGACAGCGAGAAGUGGGACAGACUGAGAAUUCCCUUGCAAGCCGGUGCAUUAGGGAGUCGAAUAGUUGUAACCACUCGCAGUGGAAGGGUUGCAGCAGUGGCGGGAAGCACCCACAUCCACUAUCUGGCCGUUUCAUCUGAAGAGGAUUGCUGGUUAUUGUUCAGCCAUAGAGCACUCGGGCAUCGGAGUGCAGAAGAGCGUUUAGAGUUGGAAGAGAUUGGAAGGGAAAUUGUAAAAAUGUGUGGAGGGUCACCUCUUGCAGCAAAGAUGAUGGGGAGUGCCAUGCGCUGGAGAAGGACAAAACGCGAAUGGGAGCUUGUCUUGGAAAGCGAGGUGUGGAAAUCAGAUGAUUUCUUGGGAGGUGUCUUACCAGCUUUGUUACUAAGCUAUCGUGGUUUACCUCCUGUUCUGAAGCAGUGCUUCACGUAUUGCUGUAUUUUCCCUAAAGAUCGGUGGCUAGAGAAGGAUAGGAUGGUCAAGUUAUGGGUAGCCCAAGGCUUCAUCUGCUCCAGAAGCGGUGAUAUCGAAGAAAUGGGUGGGCUGUAUUUUGAUGAUUUGUUAAGCCGUUCAUUGCUCCAAGAUGCGGAACUGGAUAGUGAUGGCAAGAUACUCAGGUGCAAGAUGCAUGAUUUAUUUCAUGAUCUUGCGCAAUAUGUUGCAGGAAGUGACUGUUCAAUAGUGGAGAUUGGAGACCAAGCCUCAUUGAACCUAAACAAUGUCCGGCAUUCUUUAUUUGCGAGCAAUGAAGCAGCUUCCAUUUAUAUGGCCCACAAGUUGCGGACCUUGAUACUCGAGUCAGGAAUCCCCCAGGUGCAGCACAAUUUAUUUCAUCAUUUGAGAUGCCUUAGGGCAUUAGAUUUGAGUAAAACUAGAAUUGACAAAUUGCCUCAAACAGUAGGACAGUUGAAACUCUUGGGAUAUCUUGAUUUGUCGGACACAUGGAUAAAGGAGUUGCCAGCAGAGUUGAGUAAUUGCCGAAGACUACAGACCUUGAGACUCAAAGGCUGUUAUUGGCUAGAAAAACUGCCCAGAGAGAUGAAAAAAAUGAUUAGCCUGAGACAUUUAGAAUUAGAAGGUACUGGCCUAAGGUGCUUACCGCAAGGUAUUGGGAGACUAACUGGCAUUCAGACGUUAACAGAUUUCAUUGUGGGGGGUGGGGACGAAGGAUGUAAAUGUGGAGAACUGAAACAACUCAAUCAUCUUCAAGGAAGACUUCGAAUUGCCGGCUUGGAAAAUGUCAGGAGCAAGGACGAAGCUAGGGAGGCAGAACUCGACAAGAAGCAGCACCUUCAUGCUCUAUCCUUAUACUCUGACUACACACGUGUUGAACUGUUGAAUGAUGGGAUCCAGAGGAUGGAGGACAUGCUCGAAAGCCUCCAGCCCCACACAAACUUGAAAGAGUUUAAAAUAUGGUAUUACCAAGGUUCCAAGCUUCCCAAGUGGAUAGAGGAUCCGAGGUUUUCCAGUCUAGCCAAGGUGGAACUCUGGAAAUGUCACAGAUGUAAACAACUGCCACGUCUUGGGAAACUGCCGUCCCUUAAAUACCUUGACAUCGGGGGUAUGGAAGGGGUGACAGACGUAGGUGGUGAGUUUAGUGGGGAUGGUAUCAAUGACGGAAGUGCUGGUGGUGGUGUCUCAUUCCCCAAGCUGGAGACCCUCUUCUUCUUCAAAAUGCCAAAUUGGAAGAAGUGGGAAUUAGGUGGUGGGGAUGGAGAGGUGAUGCCAUCACUUGUCGAAUUAAAAAUAGAUCAAUGCCCAAUGCUAAAGGCGUUGCCCAGCAACCUUCUGCUCAUCCGGAAGCUGACUUUAAACGUACAUGAUGAUCGGAUGUUAUCGGGGGAGCACUUACCUUUCUUCCCCAACCUUAACCAUUUGGUGAUUUCGAACAGUGAUGAUCUGACAUCGCUCACAUGUGGUUGGUUGGGACAACUCAAAGCCCUUCGAACUCUGGAAAUCCGUGAAUGUCCAGAGUUGAGGUCUCUACCAGAGGAGUUUCGACACCUCACCAUGCUUGAAGAAUUGCAGAUCGUGAAUUGUCCUCACUUGGAAAAGCGCUGCCGAACUGUGAACCGUCCACUCUUAGAAAAGCAAUGCCAAAGAAUGGACUGUCCAUGCAUGGACUGUCCGCGCUCAAAAAAUAGCAGCCAAGAUGGAGGAGAAGAUUGUGACAAGAUUGCCCACAUCCCUCAUUUCAGAAUCGUUCCAAGGUAUCAUGUAACUGUUUUACUUUGAAGACUAAUUCGUGCUUUGUUCUAUUAAACAAAAGUUGUUUUCCUAGUCCUAUUUAUUAGAUGUCAAUCGUCUUUUAUUUGUUUCACAUGAUCUUGUUCAUCGUUUUGGAGGUCAGGUUCUUUGUCCCCCUCUAUCUUAUGUAAUUUUUCUUUUCUAUUAAUAAAGCUUGUGGUGGUACCAUCCACCUUCAUCCAAAUUAUGUAUGUAUAUAUAUAUAUAUAUAUAUAAA